CUUUCAAAACACUGAUCGUCGAUGCCAAAGGUCGGAUUGGCAAUGACAUGGAAGUGGAAAAAGGGGAAUUUUUUUUAUCAGAAAUGCCAAUCAACAUGCAACAUCCUUUACUUUGAGAAAUGAUUCACCGCUUUGUUAACGGUGUUCAGCCAGUUUGUACAGAUUCGACAUUUUGAGCGAUCUGUGCCACGAUGCCGAAGAAAAAGAAGGGCAAACCGAGCGGCGAUUCCGAGACUGGAGGGUGGACUAGCGUGAAACGGCGUGCCCCGGCCCCUCGCGCGGGGGCCGAGGCCGCUGGAGACGGCAAACCCAUCACCUCCGGAGACGCUGAGUCGGGAGAGGAUGCACGGACUAAAGCACUGUGCUACCUUCAGGAAAUGUUCGCAGGGAAGUUGGACCCAGUUGUUGUCCACAUGAUCAUGAACGAUUGCGAAUUCAAAGUCGAAGCAGCCCUGGAAACACUUUUCCAGCUUGCGGAACAAACCUCACCAGUGGAGUCCCAGCUGUUUAGACUCUCGGGGUUCAAGGAUGUCUACAUCCCAAGUGCGGAUACCGAGGAACAAGACGACGACGAAGAAGAAGAAGAUGAUGAUGAUGAUCAGGAGGAAUAUGUGGAUGCAGAGGACACUCUGUUUCGUGAGAACUUAGGGAGCGGAGAGAGUCCAAGUCUUCGGCUGAAAAGUAGAGGCAAUGAUGGGUCUGUCCAGCUUCCGUCAAGAGACCUUGGACCACACAUUAGGGAUGCCCUUGGAGUCCGACAGGAUGAAGAUGCCACAGAGGACAUUUCCGGCGAGAGGAGAGCAGACUCUCUGAGUGACUUUCCCCUGAAGAGGAAAGGUGCGAUGCCUCGCCAAGAGUUUUUGCAAAGCUUUCCUAAGAAACAGAAUCCCUUUAUCGCUAGAGGCACACCGGAGAGGCAAAACCAUCCUCUCAACAACUUGAGCAAGGUUGAGGCCUCGGACAUUGCAGCUCAGUCAAGGGAUGAUGGCAGGGAAGGAAGUGAUAGAAGUCGUGUAGCUGCAUUUGGACCUUCUCCAGACUCGUCUUACAAGUUGAAUAUUCAUGGACCAAGUCUUGGCAAUCGUGAUAGCUUUUUGUCUGAAGGGAAAGAUGACCAGUUUGCUGAUGGGGGAGCAUCUGCCAGAGGCGAUGGAACUAGAGAGUAUACGUAUCCAUCAAAUGAUUUGGAUACUGAUGGACCACAGAUGCCCCUCAGCCAAACACAAAAGUUGGUUGAGCAGCUCUUAGGAAAAAGCUCAGUACCUUCUUUGGAGGAAGGAUCGAAGCAAACCUCCCCAGGAGCAGAUAUUUUCAGUGGAUCAUCGCCCGUUGACUUGCCGUCAGAUGAACUCGAUGCCCUCCUCGGUGAGAUUGAGAUGUGCCCGGAGAAACUGUCUGCAUCAGAAGACACUGUUGAGCCAGUUGUCGCCGACCACCAUGUAAAUCUGGCAUCUGAAGCUUCUAAUGAUGGCGCUGACCUCGAAGAUUGGGGUGACGAUCCUGAAAAAGUCAAACGUGAAACUGACUUUCAAAAGAGUAGAGGCCAUGUGACUGGAAACAUGAAACCCAGCCAUCAUUCAACUCCUAUCAGAGAAGAGGAUGCGGGAGACAAGAACCAGAAGGGGAACCUGAAUACAGCUGCCCCGGCCUUCGUGCCGAGGGCCUAUGCCAGGCAUCCCAGCCCAACGGGACAUCAGCAGUUUCCACCCCAGCAAGGGUUUCAGCCGAGACCUGCCCACCGGAUGCCACGGGUGCCACACCCAGCUGGGAGGGCAUCCUCCCUCAGGAAGCAUCUCAACCAGUUUGAAGGACAGGUCGGGAAACCGUUUUUCGCUCCUUUCCCCUCUUCCCAGGAACAGCGACCCAACCUCCCAAGAGGGGUGGAGAGGCUAGGAUGGAAUUCUCCCAAUCAGACGCAGUCGUUCCGGCAUCCGGCACAAAAGUACCAACCGCCGGAGAGUAGGUUUCGUCCGAUCUCAAAAUCGCAGUCGCCAGCACCUUUCGUGCCUCAAAAUCCGGCAUCUCAUCCGCUUCUCAAGACGCCAAGUGCACCCAACCAAAACUCCCAGCUUUUUGGCCCAAGAAGAGCCAUGUCACCAGCGCACGGCAUGCCUCGUGGAGGCACACUGCCCUCUGGAGGACUGCGCAGUAACUCACCACGCGAGGGUGCCAGACAAGCCCUAGGUCCUCCUCAGUGGCCAGUUAACAAACAGACAAGUUAUGCACCACGAGAGACAGGGCACAACCAAAAAAAGCCUGGGCUGGAAGACAGAGCUCUUCCCCUGCCAGAGGGCAAAGUAUUGUGCUUAAUGAGGGGGUGCCCCGGGAGUGGGAAGAGCACACUGGCAAGACAACUUGUUGGCAACGGUCGCAUCUUGAGCACCGAUGACUACUUCAUUGAUGGUGAUGGGAAGUACCACUUUGACGUCACCAAGCUGAGCGACGCCCAUGACUGGAGCCAUGAGAGAGCAAAAGAAGCCAUGGAAUCGGGAGUCACCCCCCUCAUCAUUGAUAACACCAACAUAGAACGCUGGACGAUGAAACCAUACGUUGCCAUGGCACUCCACUACGGUUAUGCAGUUGAGUUUCAAGAGCCCACAACACCGUGGAAAUUCAAACUUGGGAAAUUGUUCAAAUACAACACCCAUGGUGUCCCGAAAGAGAGGAUCAAAUUGAUGAUUGAACGCUUUGAGAGGGACGUCACUGUGGAGAACAUUCUCGGAUCCUCAAAACCUAAGAAAAAGAAAAAGAAAACUGAUGAAGCUGAGCAGGGACCAUCUUCCCAAGGGAGCUGGAGGAGAACGAAAAAGGAGGAUAAGAAAGUUCCAAAAGUUUCUAGUGAGGAACCGGCUGCAGGUUGUGCCGAGGCAAAUUCUAAGAAACUGGAGAGAGGUGAUACAACCACGUAUAAAAAGGAGGAAGGUGGCGAUGAUAUCACCACGACAACAGAUGCCUUGAAAGAGGACAUUGAGAACGGAGAGGAGAUGUUCAUGUCGGACGACGAAGAUGGGUUCGAUGCCUUGAUGGACUCAAUGGCCAGUGACUCGACAGAGGGGAUGGUUGGAAAACCUGAUGAGGGCAAAGUGAACGAGGAUCCUCAGGAAGAUGCGAGAGAAAGGAUUGGAAAGGAGGAUGGUCAGAUGGUGACGUCCUUGGAGAAGGCAGCUUCUUUUGAAAUCCAGGAAAAAGCUGGGCCCGGGAAAACUGAUGAUCAAGUGAGCGAGUCAAGAAAUACUGACAUAGAAGAAGAUGCUGAGAAUUUGCCAGUAAGAACGCGACCUGAGGAGUCCCAAGAGCUAGUCAAAGAACUCUUUGAAGUGGAAGAAGCGACCAGUCAAGACGUGCAGUUGGACAAGACAGGCGACAGGGAAGCUGAUGAUGAAGAUGAUUUUCUUGCCAUGAUGAAUGUGGUGGCAGAAGCGUCAUGCUGUCCACCCCUGGCUGAGAUACCGUCGCUGGAAGAUGGUGAGCAUCCUCAAGGCAAUGAACAAGGACUGCAACAGAUAAAUAACCCCGCAGGCUCUGACGCUGCAUCAGAGUUGACGUCAGCUACACAAGCUUCAUUUACCUAUCCACCGGGGUUCGAGCUGCUGGCAAGAAUUCCAGAGCAAAAAGGCGAUACUGCCAACAAACAGAGUUCCAGCGAUGACGAUGAUUUCACAGAAAUGAUGAGUCUGAUAGCAAAUUCCUCCUGCAUAGAGAAUGAUCAACCAGUACCUCCCGGCAGAGAUGGGGUUGCAACUGAUGCUCAACAUUCAGAAAUCAAGCUAGCGACAAGUGAUUCUCAGAGAGUUGUUCUUGCAUCAUCACCACACGGUAGAGAGGAGAACCCAAAUGAAGCCCAAACUGAUGCCAACUUGACGGAAGGUCUUAACACUGGAGCUGCUGCCACAAGAGUUGCAACACUCGUAAAUGCUGUCCAAGAUGCUGAACAAAGCAAAGAACAAAUCCAAAAACCACAACUACAGGAAAAAGAAGAAGCUGCCGUAGUUGGGACAUACAUGUCUGACGCUGAAUUGACAAGCAUUAAGGAGCAAAGUCCUGGAAGAGAAAAAGAUCAAACCAUGCUUAAGGAUGAUGCUUCAGUGCAGGAUGAUUCAUUGGCAGAAGAGACGACUCAUAUUUUAACUUCCCAUGGAGUUGAGUCAUCUGCUACCAAUCUGGACAUUCAGGCAGACUCUGUUUUAAAGAAUGCAUCAGAUGGUGAUGGUGACCGUGAAUGCCUAGGUACAGACUCAUUACUAAAAAAUGCCCUCAGUACCCUGAAAGGUCUUGGUGAAACUGAUGAAAAAGCUGGCACUGAAGUGAAGACUAAUGCUGGUGUUUUAGACACUGAAAAUACAACUACAGAAAAUGUGCUUUCUGGGAUAAGUGAGAAUGGGAGGUGCUCAGUGGAAAAGCCUUCAUCUGAAGAACAACUUGGAACGAUCGAUGUGGAUAUUUCCACUGCUGACAAACAUGGCAAUCACAGUGACGGUCAGCCUUCUGUUACUGUCGAUUUUUCAGAUCAGACAGACUCAGUGAGUGUUGGCAAAGACAAAAAGGACGCUAAUGCUGACGUGACAUCUUCUUCGACCCAGCCAACCUCGUCUUCAGACUUGCGUGCCUCAACUUCAAGAUGCAGAAGCCCAAGUCCAAGACUGCUGGUUACUUCAAGCAUUGAGGAAUCCAGAACCAACCAAGAGAGGAGGAAACUGCGACGAUCCAAAUCUCACAACAAAAGUACCAAAAUGGCGGCCGUGUUUCCCACCUUAUCUCCGGGAUCAGAGAACUGGUCCGAGCUUGCUGAGUUGGGCCAAGGGCCUGAGGUAAAAAGCAGCGAACCUGGAAACAAAUCGCCAACCCUUGGAGGUGUAACGUUCGCCGAGGCGGGAACUGUGACCCUCCCGUCUGAUUUCUCGUGUGUUCAAAGGUUACAAUCCGGGGAAAUGACUGUAGAAGACCUGCAACAACAGGGCUUCCGUGUUGCUGUUGGCCAACCAAGACAAAUCGCUGCACCAUCUGAGAGUGAUUUUGCAACAGAGAGGGAAGAAGUAAUUUCUGAGACUCUCUCAUCCUCAUCAUCGGCAAGCCAUUCCCCGAUUCCGGUAACAGUGAGACUCCACAAGAGCACAAUGACGGACCCCGAGGAACAGACAGAGGACAUCGACGCCAACUUGAGAAGCCUCAUUGCCCUCUUCCCUACUGUCUCCCAAACCGAUCUCCAAGACAUCCUGACCAAAUGUGCGGGAAAUCUGGAAUGGGUCACCAAUAUCCUCCUGGAUGAUUUCGGCAACAAGGAGAGAAUCGGUCAAGACUUACAAGCUCCAGAUCAACUUUCAAAUAAAAACCAGCAAGAACAAGCGGGGUUUGCGAAAGGAGAAUCAGAUGGUGAUGAACUGCAAAUAAGUGAUGAGAAGCUUGCCAGAGUGGCAGCCGAGUCCAUGAAAGAUGUCCUGGAAGCCAAGCAAGUUUCACAAGCUGAAAACCUGGCCACGAACAUGAUCUCUGUGGUAGAUGACAUUCUUAAGACCAUUAGCUCUAAGGGUUCUUUUACUGGUGCCGACAACAACUCUCUUGGUAACCAACUGGCUUCAGAAAGAGAAAAGACCGGAAGUGGUUAUUCAGACCAUCUUCCAGUCUUGCACGGAGAGGAUUUGUCCACAGAGAUGGAAACCAAGCUGCACUCUUCAAAUCUAGAUUCUGCUACAAGCUUCCACGAUCCUGACACAAAUGUCGGGUCGGACAUUAUCACUUCUGAUCAAGUGCCUACAGAACCACAUCAGAGCAUCUUACAAGAUGAAGGUGCUGCAGGAAUGUCCAAUCUCUAUCGGGAACAGGAAGAGUCUAAUUUUUCAAGCAUGGAGCCAAAAGCAAACGAAGAGGGUUCGUCAUUGAGAGCAGGAAACUUGCACACUGUUUAUCCAUCUGGUAUACUAGAAGCUGCAGACUUUGAUUCUCAAAUCCUGCUUGGAGAAACUAAAAAUGAAUCUCACGUUCUUGAAGGCCCCUCAUCUUUUGACAAAUUGCCAUCUUCUGGAAGGCAUCACCAAGAUGGUCUGUUAGAUCAAGACAGCUCAGCUUUCAGGAGUGAUUUCCUGGAGUCUGUACCCUUCCUUGACCCUUCGAGCUUGAGGACAGAAACCAAGGAGGAGCAAGUUGUCAGGCCCAAGACUUCAUCCCGCACCACGUCGAGACUGUCACCAACGAAAGCCUCCAAGGCGAAGAAGCCCAAGGAUCCAGAUAUCGACAAGAAGAUGAAGCGCAUUAAAGAGGCAGAAGCUUCCCCAAAUAGACAGGAGCUCGAGGUACCUGGAGGAGUUCAGUUCUCCUGGAACAAUCACAGGGAGGUUGAGGAGUUCAGAGUACCACGCGCAGAGCAGACGAUGACAGGACACGACGAUGCCUUUGAAAUAGUGAAAGAUGAGUCUGUGAUGACAGAGGAACAAGCAGAUGCAAUCUUGCAAAUUUCAGACCAACCAGUGCAGAAGAAGCUGCGGGAAUUGGGAAGCCUGGAGGAGGGUCUGAUGUUACAGCUUCCGCCGGCCUUUGCCCUCCAACUCCAGGAGAUGUUUGGGUCCAUCGGCUUUCACCUUCUCCCAGACGGGCUACCUGCCGAGGAUCUGCAGGUCCAUGUUGACUACGACUUGGCUAAGCAGCUACACAUGCUGUGGGCUAAGACGCUGCAGACGCGGUUUGACAAAGAUGAGGAACUGGAGAGCAUCAUCACAGCUGACGAGGAACUCGCUCGCCAACUCCAACAAGAAGAAGACAUCCACCACAUGACCAAAGUCCAGGCGUCUCGGUCGGCCAAGUACCAAAGCCCAAAGGCCUCCCCGAAGGCAGCCAAGCAGCCAAUCAGCUUGCAGCGUGGGUACGGAGACGGCAGGAGCACGAUGGGUGGUUUUGUACCGAUGGGGCCGCCGCGGCCGCCUGCAGAAGAAGUGAAGAGCUUGAGAGAAAUCAUGGAGGAAGAGCUGGCCGCGCAGCUCAGCAAAGAUGUAGAGGUCGAAGAGAAGCUUAGCACGGAUGGCUCAGUCUCCAUAGCAACCAAGAUGAAGAGAGACAAGCUGUACAGCGAGUUCCCAACGCUGGACAGGGAUGCCCUAGAGGAAAUCUUCAGAAACAACAACUACCAGUUUGAUCCGACCGUCCUGCAGAUCAAGUCGUUCUUCAUGUCGGCAUCUGGCCAACCCAAAAAUGUCUACUCCAAUGAGGCCCUGGAAAGAAUCGAGAAGGAGUUGAUUGAAGCCGCGGAGAGGGAAAGUUUGGCAUCAAGCGAGGGGACUGAUGAAUCAAAUCCCCAAGACGCUUCCUACCAAUCCACGGAUAAUCCGGAUUAUCAGGAUUACCGCGCGGAGGCCACGCAGCAUUACAAGCAGCGCCACGAAGCCUUUCAGAAAGCCGCAGCCGCUUACGGCAAGGGACAGAAAGAGCUGGCUUCAUUCUUCUCACAGCAGGGCCAUCUCCACACAGAAAAACUGAAGUAUGCAAACAAGAGGGCCUCGGAGGCCAUCCUAACCUCGAAGAAUUCCUUGUUCAACGACAACACGCUGGACCUACACGGCCUGCACGUGGACGAAGCCCUCCUGAUACUGAACCAAGUCCUCAACGACAAGAAGGCAGAGCUGGCGGCCUACGACCAGCAGCAGCGCCCUCUGGUGUCCAAGUCCCCCCAGCGUCACAUCUUCAUCAUCACGGGGAAAGGCAACCGCAGCAGGGGCGGGGUGGCGCGCAUCCGGCCGGCCGUCACCGAUCUGCUCAAACGAGAAGGUUACAGAUUCAGCAUGCCCAAUGCAGGACUGAUGAAGGUUGCCCUGUAGCUCGCGGUGGCCACCAAAUGAGUGGCUCGUCAACAGAAAAGUGGCCUUCAAAGGAAAACGGCAGCCAAAAUAUUCACUUAUUAAAGUAGAAGAGGAAAUUGGAGAUUGAAGAUGUAAUCGGAAUGCCUUGCAAA